UUUCCUCUGUUUUUCUUUCUUCUCUGCUUUCCUGAGUUCCCACUCUCUCUCUCUCUCCUCAUUCUCAUUAAAUUCUCUCUUUCUAGAAUUUUCUCUGUCCUCCAGCUGUGGUUUUUCUGUCCCUGCAAAACGCCCCAACUAGUCUCUCCUACACAGCCUCAACAACACAAACUCUUCAACUUUUCUUCUAACUGCUUCAUUUUUCCAUUCACUCUAGGAACCAUUUCAAUAUAUCGAGGGUGUUUCUACCAGGGUCGCACUUGUUGUGAAGUUAGAGAACAAGAAGAAAUAAUACAAAUAAUAACAUCGUAUUUUAAUUGCUCUGUCUGUUUUCUUGAGAUUUACGUUUCCCAAUGACGAGAAGUUGACACCUUCUUUCACCCUCAAUUUCUCGUGAUAUUUCUCAAGACAUUGGUGUGGUGGUGGCUUCUUGUGCAGAUGGAAUCAGUGAAGCCCUCGGCUGUGACCCCACGAAAGAAGUUGGCUCGGAGUUUCGCCAAGGUUCUUCAUGUGAAAGCAUUGAUUGGAAUUGCCUCAGUUGAUGGUUUGAAGAAUGUUGUUAUAUCUGAUGCAAAUCUCAAGGAUGAAGGGGGCAUGGUGAAUAAUAAGACUGCACUGAAUAAUAAUUGGUCAAGAGAUGAAGAUGAAGAGCUUCAAGAGAGAGUGGCCAACGAGGCUCUUUUAGCAAAGCUUUUUGCUAGCAUUUCAUCUGUUAAGGCUGCAUAUGCACAGCUUCAGUUUUCUCAGUCACCCUUUGACCCUGAUGGAAUUGAAGCUGCUGAUCAAUUGCUGGUGUCUGAGUUGAAGAACUUGUCUGAGCUAAAGCAAUGUUACUUGAAGAAACAGUUUGAUUCUUCUCCGGAGACGGAGAUUCUCGCGGCUGAGUCGAAGGAGCUGCAGGGUGUGAUCAAGACCUAUGAGAUCAUGGGGAAGAAGUUGGAGUCACAGGUGAGGCUCAAGGAUUCUGAGAUCAUAUUUCUUAGGGAGAAGCUAGAGGAGGCUAAUAAGCAGAACAAGGCAAUUGAGAAGAGGUUGAAUCAAAGUGGGCAAUUAUCUUCUGUGCUUGAUAAUCUUCACAUAUCAGGACUAAAUCCUAGCCAUUUUGUAACCGUUCUUCGCCACGCGGUUAGGUCAAUUCGGAACUUUGUGAGGUUGAUUGUGGAUGAGAUGAGAUCUUCUGGUUGGGAUGUUGAUGCUGCAGUUGAUGCCAUUGAGCAGAAUGUGGCUUAUUUGGUGGAAGAUCACAAGUGUUUUGCAAUUGAGGCCUUUGUUUGUAGAGAAAUGUUUGAUGCUUUUCACUUCCCAAAUUUCUCCCUUGCAAAUGAGUCUCUCCCUGAUAGAAGCAGGAUGCCACAGUGGUUCUUUGGGAAGUUCAAUGAGGUGAAAUCAAUGAAAGCCAAGGACUUCCUUGCUGAGAGGCCAAGAUCAUCAUUUGCAAAGUUUUGCAGGGUCAAGUAUUUGAGGCUUGUUCACCCCAAGAUGGAGUCAUCAUUUUUUGGCAACAUGAGUCAUAGGAACAUUGUGAAUGCUGGAGGGUUUCCAGACACUGCAUUCUUCACAUCAUUUGCUGAGAUGGCCAAGAGGGUAUGGCUCCUGCACUGCUUGGCCUUCUCAUUUGAGCCUCAGGUCUCAAUCUUUCAAGUGGGGAGAGGGUGUAGAUUCUCUGAUGUGUACAUGGAAAGUGUGAAUGAUGAAAUGUUCCUCUAUUCAGUGGAAUCAGAUCCACAUGUUGCUUUCACUGUGGUUCCAGGGUUUAGGAUUGGUAAAACUGUUCUACAGUGUCAAGUGUAUCUCUCACAGCACCAAAGCAAGGUUAAAAAAUUCACUUCAACAAAGCAAAGGUAGCAGUAGCAGGAGGAGCAGGAGGCACUGACCCCACAACACAGGUUCUUUAUUUCUUAGUGAAACUUUUUGGAGGGAAAUGAAGGUUGUGGCCUUGUGGUGGGGACUUACCUCUGGCUAGUAUCAAUGGGGCAUCUUUGUCCAUUUGUAUUUUGGCCAUUUUGAAAAGAAAAGCUAUUGGACCGUUGCAUUGGGAACAACCCUUUUAUUUAGAAUCUUUUUUAAUUUAUGCCAGAUUUAUCAAAGACAUCCCCCCAAAAUUUUAUUAUCAGGCCAGUGACAGGGAUUGUCUAGCUGUUAUGCAUCUUUACUAGACAUUGCAUUCUAUAAUAUGUACAUAAUGAUAUAUAGGUGGGAGUUUUAUAUUCCUCUUUCCCUUUUUCUAUGAGCCUUGGUUCAUCUCAA